AGAUUAUCAUAAUAAUAAUUUAAUUUUUAUUUAGGAUUUAAUAUUUUUUAUGAUUCAAUAGUCAAUACAUAACAACAGUAAGCUUUUAUUUUAUUUGUAAUAAAGUCAGUUUUAUCAUCAACUGUUAUUUGACAGUUAAUUUGUCAUUUCAUGGUUUUAUUUAACAGAAAAAAUGUCAUUUAUCAUUAAUGCUUUUCAAAGAUGUAAAGCUAUCGCUAAAUUACAAACACCAGCGAAUGAAGCAUGUUUUGGUGAACUUCCAUGUAUUCAACAAAUUCGUAAUAAAUGGCCAGACUUUAGAAUGAAAAAAGAUGCACGGAAAAGAAACACUCUUAAAGAAUAUGGUGUGUAUAAGCUGCGCUAUAAUGCACUUCGUAAAAACAAUAUUAUUCCUUUAGAAAUUCAAGAAAUUGCCGACAAAGAAAUCUACAAUUGUCCAAGAGAUGCUAGUAUAACUAGAAUUGUACAGCGUUGUCAGGUAACUUCUCGUCCUCGGGGUAAUGUCAAACGAUGGCGUUUAAGUAGAAUAGUGUUCAGACAUCUUGCUGAUUAUAACAAAUUAGCAGGUGUUCAAAGGGCAAUGUGGUAAAAUACAAACGG